AUGUCGUUUCCGGGAGCAGCCACGAAUAUGAUGCAAUCACAAGGUCGGCCGACGUCGGUCCAUUCGACGCCUGGCAGAACGACAGGAGGGCAACGUACAAGCGAAUCUGCAUCUUCAAUACACAGCGGGCGAACCGCGCCUCCGGGAAUGAAUGUACCAGCGCCUCCAGGACCGCCAGCAACGGGUCCACCACCUCCUCCAUCAUCAGAGCCUCCCCGUACUCCAUCAUUAGAACCACCCCCUACCCCUUCGGUUGUCGUGCACCCUCCUCCACCGGUAGAGACUUCUGCCGCUCAACCCUCUCCUCCUUCUCCACCAUCUCCCGCACCCUAUGCUGGCGGGACAGGGAAAGCGCCUGCAACACAUUCACCCACGCCCACUGUGUCAUCAGGACAUACUCCUCCAAUUCAGGAUCAAGACAACGCCUUCCCGAUGACGCCGACCCAGUCUGGUGUACAACAAAGCUACAUGCCGCAUCACCCAGCAUACCAGGCUGGGGAGUCAUCAACCGGCGCAUAUGGAACUUUCCCGCGCCCUCCUUCCAGCGAUCACAACGGCCCUCUACCAUACAGGCCGGCCAACACCCCAGACGUCCUCGGCUCCGCACCGCCUGUCAGACCCCCUCCGCCCAACCCUCAUGCCUCCAAUACGCUAUGGAGUCGCAUAUCGGGACGCAAUGCAACUCCCAUCCCGACUCCACCGCCUGUGGGUGAAAGCGACGCCGAUCGAGCCGAGCGAUUUCAAAACGACAACAUCGAACAGACAAAGAGAAACCACGCACAAGGCCAAACAGGCCUGUAUGCGAGCACGGUCUUGGGGUUCGGACUGUUGGGUAAAAUGAUUCCCGUCAACAAUGCGCCAUGGGUCCCGACGGGCGGGACGAUGGCAGUGCAACCAAACAUGACCACAGGGGUACCAAUGUCAUCAUACACCGGCCAGCCAACAAGUGCUGGAGGUCUCCCAGUGAUGCCGAGACGAUUUAACCCCAACGGGGCUUCCGACUACGACUACACGGCCAACAUGUUGCCCGACUAUCUGAGACCGACUCAAACCACGGAUCCGAACGGCCUGACUCCAGAAGAAUUGGCACAGCUUGGUCAACCUAAAGGUCAAUUGCUCACCUUCCCGCCACUCGGACAGACCCAGACUCAAAACCAGCAGACCCCAACUCCAGGCCAGCAGCCUACGAGACCAAAGCGCUUCAAUGCACGCGAACCGCCGGCACCACCCGCACAAGGUAGUAUCGACGAUGUGGAUCGAUUGAAGAUGCGGUGA